UGUUACAAUAAAAAAAUGAGCUUCAACGACAAAGUGGUGUUAGUGACCGGCGCUAGUGCCGGAAUAGGUAAGGCCAUAGCCAUUUUGUUCGCCGAAAGUGGCGCGCGACUUGCGAUUGUCGGUCGCAACGCGCAGAAUCUGCGCGCAGUCGCGGACGCAUGCGCGAAGGACGAACGCCCUCUGGAGAUCGUGGCCGAUCUAUCGACAGAUGAGGGGUGCGAGAGAACGGCUAAGGAAACGUUGGAGCGUUAUGGAAGACUAGAUGUCCUGAUAAACAAUGCAGGCGUGGGCGCGCGUACGAACCUCUUGAGUACGGACAUGGCGAUUUUUGACAAGGUGUUCAGCACGAACGUAAGGGGCGUGUAUAACCUGACGCGGCUACUGGCGCCAUCGCUUAUUGAAACCAAAGGGAACAUCGUCAACAUAUCCAGCGUCAUGGGCACGGCGGUAGCGGUGGGAGUCCUGCCUUACAGCAUGUCGAAGGCUGCGCUUGACCACUUCACACGACUGAUCGCCCUCGAGUUGGCUCCUAAAGGCGUAAGAGUCAACACCGUAAGCCCUGGAGUCACAGUCAGCGAGCUCGUUCAGCGACUAACUGGCAUCAGCGACGAGCAGUACUCCGACUACCUAACCGACAUGGCUAAAGGCAUCCCGAUGAGGCGCGUUUGUCAACCUGAACAUGUGGCCAAGAUGGUCGUGUUCGUGGCCAGCGAGGACUGUGAACUGGUCACGGGGACUGUGAUCAAGGUCGACGGUGGAGUGGAUUUGGCCGUGGAGUCUAGUGAGAUUAAGAAGCAGAUUCAGAAAUAA